AUGUCUUUCCUGUCUAUCUUGAACAAACUUGUCACCGUCUUGCUUUUAGCAGGUACCACAUUGAUGUUGCUUUUCAUUGUCUUCUCUGGAGCCAUCAAGGAGUACCCGUUCAAUCGCUUCUACUGGGUCGAAGCAGACACCUCGCUGAUUUCCACCGACCAUGGCCAGUUCUCCAGAUGGACUUUCUGGGGUAUUUGCUACCCAGACGAGUUGAGCUCCACCGAGUCCAACAACUGUCCAGGCUUGGGCCCUGACAUCCCUAUUUCUCCCUUCGACAACUUCGGUAACUCCACUGCCUUGCCACAGGACUUUGUCGACAGCAGAAACUCCUACUACUACCUUUCCAGAUUUUCCUUCCCGUUGUUGUUGGUUUCCUUGGUUUUCUCCGGUGUCUCCUUUGUCGGUUCCGUCAUGGCCCCAUGCUGGCUCGCAAUGAAAGAAGUCGUCACCUUCUUCGUCUUCAUUGCUUGUUUGUUCUGCAUGACCGGCUCAGCAUGUAUCACCGCCGUCUCGGUCAUGACCAGAAACCAAUUCAACCACGCAGGUAUGUCUUCCAAGAUCGGCGCCGACCUUCUAGGUAUGGUUUGGGCAUCCACAGCGUGCUUGUUGAUUUUGUUUAUGCUCACAUGUGUCUCGACCACUCACAAGCUAUACAAAAAGCACCAGGACCACGAAAGAAAGGCUCAACACUUACAGGCUUCACAAGAGCCAAUCCAAGUCUCUCUGCCUCCUUCUGGCCUCCCUGCACAGCCUGAAGAAUAUACCCAAGCUCCAGCACAUGAAAGCGCCGGCAUCAGAUUCUUCAAGAUCAGAAGAAACCAAGACAAAGUUGAAGAAGACUCCAUCGUAUAA